UCUACAAGUACUAACAGCAGCUAAAAUGGCCGGCACCAGUGUCAACGAAAUCGCCGUCCCCGAGUCCGUGCUGAAGAAGCAGAAAGCUCAGCAGAAGUCUGCUGAAGCCCGCGCUGCCGAGCUCAAACAGAAACGCGAGGCCAACAAACAGAAACGAUCCGUCAUCUUCGAGCGUGCCAAGAAGUACACGGCCGAGUACCGCAAGAACGAGCGCGAUCUCAUCGAGAAGCGCCGUGCUGCGAAGCAAGAUGGCUCUCUCUACGUCCCUGCUGAGCCUAAGCUUAUCUUUGCCAUCCGCAUCAAGGGUAUCAACAAGAUUGAUCCCAAGAAGCGCAAGACACUCCAACUCCUCCGUCUCCUCCAGAUCAACAACGGCGUUUUCAUCAAAGUAACCAAGGCCACCACCGAGAUGCUGAAGAUCGUCGAGCCGUACAUCGCAUACGGAUACCCGUCCCUGAAGAAUGUUCGCGAGCUCAUCUACAAGCGCGGCUACGGUAAGGUCGAUAAGCAGCGCAUUCCGCUCACCGACAACGAGAUCAUCGAGAAGGCCUUGGGCAAGCUCGGCAUUGUCUCCAUUGAGGACCUCAUCCAUGAGAUUUAUACUGUUGGCCCCAACUUCAAGCAAGCCUCCAACUUCCUGUGGCCGUUCAAGCUGUCCAACCCUACUGGCGGCUUCCGCACCCGCAAGUUCAAGCACUUUGUCGAGGGAGGGGAUCUUGGCAACCGGGAACAUCACAUCAGUGCUUUGAUCAAGCAGAUGAACUAGGUUCAGCAUGCAAAGGCGGAUGGAGUUUCGGUUUGAUUAUGGGUUUUCUACGAAUGAUAUCCUGUGGAUGCGUACCAUAUGAGGCGAGUAAGGGUCCUCAGAUAGCCAGCGGUUUUCGACGGUUCUCUGGGGACAGAGGUCUCCCAGAAUCCCGGCGCCAAGUUUGGCUCUGUAGCAAAAAAUCCUAAGCAGGCGGUCCAACAUGAUGAAAUUGAUUCUAUCUUGC